AGUGUACCAACACGCUACGGUUACCAUCACUUCGUCGUGGUGGUGUGCAAGAGUCGCUCGCAGGCCACAAGAGUCGAAGAAAUCGCGGACGCCGUCAGUGCAGUGAGUGCUCGCCGCGCGCAGUGAACGUACCUGGAGAGCGAAGUCGAGUGCACGGCGCGGAGCGCCCUCAAAAUAAUCUCGCAAAUAAAUUAGAACACUCGAAACAAAGGAUUUCAAUAAGUUAAAAGUUUGCUCAAACCAAGGACUUCAGCAAUGGGGACCAAACGACUUCUGGUCGCGUUUGUCUUCGCUACAGUUCUCACACCCGCGGUUAUCAAUGCCGUAAGGGUCGGAGCCAAAAAGAAAGUUAAUGAUCAAUCAACAGCUGCCUCCUGGUGGCAACACGACGCCAUCAACGCGGCUGACUUUGCCGACCAACCAGAUUUCUUCGCAUCGACACAUGGUUUAUCACAGUCACACCCAGGUGUAAAAUUCACACCCACCGCGGGUAUUAAACCUAAAGGUCCAGCUACUGGAGCUGCGUAUAAACAUUUAGACUAUAGAACGUCAGCAACUGCUGAAUUAAGACGUAACCCUUCUUUAUCCGCACCUGAUGAGUGCGCGAGGGCGUGUCGUGAAGGAGAACCUCCACGCACGUGCUACUACCACUUUACGUUAGAAUAUUACACAGUUCUUGGCGCGGCUUGUCAAGUAUGUACACCUAACGCUACCAACCCAAUCUGGUCACAUUGUCAAUGUGUUUUGGCUGAUGGUGUGGAACGAGGUGUCCUCACCGCAAACAGAAUGAUCCCAGGACCUAGUAUUCAAGUCUGCGAAGGUGACAAGGUUGUAGUUGAUGUUGAGAACCAUCUUGAAGGUAUGGAAGUCACUCUUCAUUGGCACGGUAUCUGGCAGAGAGGUUCCCAGUAUUACGAUGGUGUGCCAUUUGUUACUCAGUGCCCAAUUCAACAAGGAAACACCUUUAGAUACCAAUGGACUGGUAAUGCCGGUACUCAUUUCUGGCACGCUCACACUGGUCUCCAAAAGAUGGAUGGUCUUUACGGUAGUGUCGUAGUACGUCAAGCUCCUUCCAAAGACCCCAACUCACAUCUCUACGAUUAUGAUUUGACUACUCAUGUGAUGCUCCUUUCCGAUUGGUUGCAUGAAGAUGCUGCUGAACGUUUCCCAGGUCGCCUUGCUGUCAACACGGGCCAAGAUCCCGAAUCUAUGUUGAUCAACGGCAAGGGCCAGUUCCGUGAUCCCAACACCGGGUUCAUGACCAACACUCCUCUUGAAGUCUUUACUAUCACACCUGGUCGUCGUUAUCGUUUCCGUGUUAUCAACUCUUUUGCAUCUGUAUGUCCUGCUCAGCUUACCAUCCAAGGCCAUGACCUUACUCUAAUUGCUACUGAUGGUGAACCUGUGCAUCCUGUUCAAGUCAAUACUAUCAUUUCUUUCUCGGGUGAACGUUAUGACUUUGUGAUCAACGCUGACCAAACUGCUGAUGCUUACUGGAUCCAACUUCGUGGUCUGGGAGAAUGUGGUAUCCGAAGGGCUCAACAGUUGGCAAUUUUGAGAUACGCGCGUGGUCCAUAUCAACCCAGUACUCCAGCUCCUACAUAUGACGUUGGUCUUCCUCAGGGUAUCGUCUUAAACCCGCUGGACGCUCGCUGCAACGAGCAGCGCGCCGACGCCAUUUGCGUCAAUCAACUCAAAAACGCCAAGGACAUCGAUGAGGGUGUACUGCAGGCGCGUCCAGAUGUCAAGAUCUUCUUGCCAUUCCGUUUCCACGUCUACAAUCCACAAGAUCUCUUUGCUCCGAAUACGUAUAACAGGCAUUUAAUUGCACCAAAUGGUGACCACGUAAUCAGUUUGAUCGAUGAAAUCUCAUUCAUGUCACCACCAGCGCCACUUCUAUCGCAAUACGAUGAUAUCAACCCGGAACAAUUCUGCAAUGGUGAUAACCGUCCAGCAAAUUGUGGUCAAAACUGCAUGUGCACACAUAAAAUCGACAUUCCGCUUAAUGCUGUAGUUGAAGUAGUACUCGUUGAUGAAGUGCAACAAACUAACUUAUCGCAUCCGUUCCAUCUGCACGGCCAUGCCUUCCAAGUAAUUGGUAUUGGUCGCUCUCCUGAUCGCAACGUGAAGAAAAUUAACCUCAAACACGCGCUUGAUUUGGAUCGUCAAGGUUUACUCCAUCGUCAAUUUACACUACCACCAACAAAGGAUACAAUCGCUGUGCCUAAUAAUGGUUAUGUAGUCCUGCGUUUCAGAGCUGAUAAUCCUGGCUUCUGGCUGUUCCAUUGUCACUUCCUCUUCCAUAUUGUCAUCGGUAUGAAUCUCGUAUUGCAGGUUGGCACUCACGCUGACCUUCCACCAAUUCCACCCAACUUCCCAACGUGUGGUGACCAUCUGCCUGAGAUCACUCCACCGGAUCCAUUCGUUAAGUUCUAAGUUAGUUCUUCUUUCCUUAAACAACGCCACCCAGCGGACGUCCCACAACUCUAAUCAACUGAAUCAACGAAUUGAAACGAAUCGAGUCGAUUCCAAUUGAAAUCUCUUGCCAUUUGCCAUUUUUAGACCAGGUUUACACUAACGGGACGUCCUUAUCUCGAGCCACAGCCACUCGUACUCGUAUCACAAUCACAGUCGGUAUAAACUAAAUAUUUAUUUUUUUACUUCUAUCGUUUACCAAGAUGUACAUAAUGCAGCGCGCGCUCAAUGUAUAUAAUAAAGUGUCCGCCAUAUUUCCUUCCAGGUAAGUACCGCCCACAGCUCACGAGAACCACGCCCAUAACACACCCAUGUGUGUUAGAGGUAACGCCCUCUCGUGGUGCGACUAGUGUAUUGUAUUGCAUGAACGAUGAAAACAAGCGUGAAUGUUUCCGCACACAAAAACCGGUGCUGUAAAAAUGCCACCCGCUAUCAUCUUUUACUUCCGCUCACUAUUUUCGCAAGCAAAACUAUGUAAUUAUAUGUAUAUAUCAAUGCGCUUUGCUUUGACGUUUCCUACGAAUACUCGUACACUUGUAAACUUGUAUAUAAUUUAAGUGACCGCAGUGACUCAUGUCACCACAUCACCGAACGAUUUUCAAACCACUGCGCAUGCGCCAAAGCAUCAGCGUUCACUCAACUUACGCAAGUAAUUUGGUAUGAAUGUGAUUGCUGGGAAUGCAACAGUGGUGUGUAAAUAAUUUCUAUUGACUAGAAAUAGCAAGCUAGUAAUCAGUAUUUCGUGCGUAGAUAAAAAACAACUAUUUUUGUAUUUGUAUUUAAAGCUAUAGAUGGAGAUAGAACUAAUCUUUCAUCCAUAACCUUAAAGAAUUCAAAUAAAUAACAAGUAACUAACCGGUUUAUAGACUAUGAAUUUAAACUAAAACUAAAUUUAUUAAAUUUUGAAUCUUGAUGAGAAAUUUAUUUUUGUAUUAUAAGAGGUAUUUUUAUAUUUUUGCUACUACAUAUAAAGCCAACUAAAUACUGUUACGUACAUAUAUAAAAUAUAUUUUUGAUAAAGUUACCAUGUA